GAUCUACGGUGUGGGGAAAAGAUGGCAAUGGAUGAGUACCUGUGGAUGGUCAUUGUGGGGUUUAUCAUUGCUUUUAUUUUAGCCUUUUCUGUUGGUGCAAAUGAUGUUGCCAAUUCUUUCGGAACGGCCGUGGGCUCUGGCGUCGUUACUUUGCGCCAGGCUUGCAUUCUGGCUUCAGUUUUUGAGACCACUGGCUCAGUGUUGUUGGGAGCAAAAGUAGGAGAAACCAUUAGGAAAGGUAUCAUCGAUGUUAACCUCUACAACAACACCGUCCCGCUGCUGAUGGCAGGAGAAGUGAGUGCCAUGGUUGGCUCUGCUGUUUGGCAGCUGAUUGCAUCAUUCUUGAAACUCCCCAUAUCAGGGACCCAUUGCAUCGUAGGUGCUACGAUCGGAUUCUCUCUGGUGGCAAUUGGCACGCAGGGAGUCCAGUGGAUGCAGCUUGUCAAGAUUGUUGCCUCUUGGUUUAUUUCCCCACUGUUAUCUGGCUUGAUGUCUGGAGUCCUCUUUGUGCUGAUUAGAUUCUUCAUUUUAAACAAGGAAGACCCUGUGCCCAACGGCCUCCGCGCACUUCCAGUGUUCUAUGCUGCUACCAUCGCUAUUAACGUGUUUUCCAUCAUGUACACAGGAGCACCAGUACUGGGACUGGUACUGCCCAUGUGGGCCAUUGCUCUAAUCUCAAUCGGCGUAUCCUUAAUAUUUGCCAUCUUAGUCUGGAUUUUUGUGUGCCCGUGGAUGAAGAGGAAAAUCGAAAGCCGGUUAAAGAAAGAUGCUGCAUUGUCAAGGAUAUCAGAUGAGAGUCUUGAUAAAAUUCAAGAUGAAGAAACACCAGUCUUUAAAGAGCUUCCUGGUGCCAAAGCCUCUGACGAGAGCACAAUUCCCCUGACUGGCUCAGGAACAGAAGCUGCUGGGGCACCAGAUCCUGUUGCAAAUGGAAACCAUCCUCGUGUACCCUAUGGCAGGGCGUUCUCGAUGACGCACACCUCGGUGAAGUCUCCUGUCUCCAAUGGCACCUUCAGCUUCGACGGCCAGAUCAGGAGCGACGGCCACGUUUAUCACACUGUGCACAAGGACUCAGGUUUAUACAAAGACUUGCUCCACAAAAUACACCUGGAGAGGGCCACCGACGAGAGGCCCUCUCAGGAAAACAACUACAAACUGUUACGGCGUAACAACAGCUAUACUUGCUACACGGCUGCUAUUUGUGGCAUGCCUGUGCAUUCCUCCUUUAAGGCAGCAGAUCCCUCAACUCCAGAGGACAGUGAGAAGUUGGUGGGAGACACUGUUUCUUACUCCAAGAAGAGAGUUCGCUAUGACAGCUACUCCAGCUAUUGCAACGCAGUGGCUGAGGCAGAGAUCGAGGCGGAGGAAGGAGGGGUGGAAAUGAAGCUGGCCUCUGAACUCCCCGAGCCUAACCGCCCCCCACCUGAUCCUGUGGAAGAGGAUAAGGAAGAGAAGGACACGUCUCAGGUCCACCUGCUUUUCCACUUCCUCCAGAUCCUAACAGCCUGCUUUGGAUCUUUUGCCCAUGGAGGUAAUGAUGUCAGCAAUGCGAUCGGUCCUCUCGUUGCGCUCUGGCUCAUCUAUGAGCAAGGUGGUGUAAUGCAAGAAGCAUCAACUCCUGUCUGGCUCCUGUUUUAUGGAGGCGUUGGCAUCUGUGUGGGUCUCUGGGUCUGGGGUAGAAGAGUCAUCCAGACCAUGGGUAAAGACCUCACUCCAAUCACACCAUCAAGUGGAUUCACUAUUGAGUUGGCUUCGGCGUUCACAGUUGUGGUAGCUUCCAAUGUUGGACUUCCUGUCAGUACUACACACUGCAAGGUGGGCUCGGUGGUGGCCGUCGGCUGGAUCCGCUCCAAGAAGGCUGUGGACUGGCGGCUGUUCCGCAACAUCUUCCUGGCGUGGUUCGUGACGGUGCCGGUGGCCGGCCUGUUCAGCGCCGGCGUGAUGGCCCUGCUGAUGUAUGGCAUCCUGCCCUACGUCUGA